UUUAAAAUCAAGCCUAAUGGUUACAUCUUCCCAUCUCUACCUCCUUAUAACAUCAUUCUUACUUCUUCAAUGGUUGAUUGAUUAUAGCUCAGCCAACUCAGUUAUCAACACCGAUCGUUCUUCACUUAUUGCCUUCAAAUCUCAAAUCUCUUUUGAUCCCCAUAAUACAUUGACCAAAAAUUGGAGUAGUGAGAGCAGUAUUUGUAGUUGGAUCGGAGUUACUUGUGAUCUUCGCUAUCAAAGGGUGACUCAGUUGAAUAUAUCAUCCAUGGGUCUUGUAGGCACCAUUUCUCCAGAAAUCGGAAAUCUUUCUUUUCUCGUUUCUUUAGAUAUGAGCGGGAACUCUUUUCAUGGUCCUAUACCCCCAUCUAUUUUCAACAUCCCAUUUUUAGAAGUUUUGAAUUUGGUGCAUAAUAGUUUGUCUAGUAGUCUACCUCUUGAUGUAUGCACACACAAUUUGCAUAAACUCAAGAGACUUCGUCUUUCUUUCAACGAGUUGUAUGGGGAAAUACCAUCGAGUUUGGGGCAGUGUUCAAAGCUUGAGUAUCUUGCUUUGUACAGCAACUACUUCAGUGGAAACAUGCCAACACAAAUUGGGAACUUGACAUUGCUUCAACAAUUAUAUUUGGGUGCCAACAAUUUAAAUGGAUAUAUUCCAAAAAAGAUUGGUGAUCUUACUAAUUUACAAAUUUUGGACGCGAGUUUCAACAACUUUAGUGGUCACGUGCCAAGAGAAAUUUGGAACUUGACGAUGCUUCAAGGUUUGUACCUUGGUACCAACAUGUUAAGCGGUAAUAUUCCGAAAGAGAUUGGUGCCCUUAAUAAUUUACAAACUUUGGACAUGAGUUUCAACGACUUUAGUGGUUACGUGCCAAGAGAAAUUGGGAACUUGACAAUGCUUCAAGUGUUGCGGCUUAGGGUGAACAAGUUAAAUGGUAAUAUUCCAAAAGAGAUCGGUGCUCUUGUUAGCUUACAAGAUUUGGGCCUCAAUUCCAACAACUUUGGUGGAUUUGUGCCAAGAGAAAUUGGGAACUUGACGGAGCUACAAACACUGUAUCUUGGUGCAAAUAAGUUUACUGGUGAAAUUCCAAAAGAAAUCGGCGCUCUUACUAAUUUACAAGAAAUGGCUCUGAUUUCCAACAACUUUACUGGCCAAGUGCCGACAGUGAUUGGGAACAUGACAAAGCUUCAAAAAUUGUACCUUGGUGCAAAUAAGUUAACUGGUACAAUACCAUCCACCAUUGAGAAUCUAUCAAAUCUGCAGUUCUUAGGCCUCUCUUCCAACCAAAUAAACGGUGAACUCCCAUCCUCAAUCUGCAAUUUGACAUCUCUUCAGUAUCUUCUUCUCUCAAACAACAGUUUGGAAGGAACAGUUCCACAAUGCUUCGGAAACUUAAGCCGGUCAAUGGCGAUCUUCCAUCUAAAUGCGAAUCAAUUUAGUGGUCUAAUUCCGUCAACGUUUACCAAGGGAUGUAGUCUCAUGUCCAUCAAUUUGAACGAUAAUAAAUUGAUAGGAGGAUUACCUAAAUCCAUGAUCAACUGUCGAAGUCUAAAGGGCCUCGAUAUUGGAAAUAAUCGAAUACACGACGAAUUUCCAUUUUGGAUGGAAGGUCUUCCUGAGCUUCAAGUCCUUGUAUUGAGGUCUAACAAGUUCUAUGGUAACAUGUCACUUCCUUCACCAACCAAACUUCCAUUUCCUAAGUUGCAAGUUUUAGAUGUAUCUCAGAAUGCAUUUGUAGGAUCUCUACCUCAAAGAUAUUUUAACAAUUUUAGGGCAAUGAUUGAGGUGACAAAUGACACAGAGAGAUUUAAUGAUGACUAUCAAAAUUUUGUGGAUAUGAUAGUCACACUGAAAGGUCAGGAUCAGUUAUUGAAUAGAUUGUUGGAAACGUUCACAACAAUUGACUUUUCCUCCAAUAGAUUCACUGGGAGUAUUCCAACUUUGAUAGGAGAUCUUAAGAUUCUCAAAUACUUGAACUUGUCCCACAAUACUCUCACAGGACAUAUACCUUCAUCUAUUGGAAACAUGAAUGAACUCGAAUCGUUGGACUUGUCAACGAACAAAUUGGAUGGAGAAAUUCCAAGUGAAUUGACAAGUUUGACAUUUCUUGCGAAAUUAAACCUUUCAGUGAACAAUCUUGUUGGACAAAUACCGCGAUCUAAGCAGUUCUCCACAUUUGAGAAUGAUUCAUAUGUGGGAAACUUGGGAUUGUGUGGACUUCCGUUGACGAGAAAAUGCAAAGAGGACGAUGGGAAAUCGAUACAGCCUGCAGAAGAUGAUGAAGAUGAUGAAUUCGAAUUCAUAGAUGGAUUUGGUUGGCGAUGUGUUGUGAUGGGUUAUGGAGGUGGAUUCUUAGUUGGGAUUGGAAUUGGUUACAUGAUUAUAAGAAGCGGAAGACCAAGAUGGUUAGUGGAAUUCUUUUUCGGGGUUGGUUAUACAUAUAAGACGAAGAAGAGACGCAACAGAGUUACACCAACACGAACACGCAGGGGAACUUAAUGAAUUGUAUGCUAUUUUUGUUUAAUUUGGAACUUUUGCUUGAGUUGUUUCAAGUUUUCUUUCUUA